AUGAACCAGCAAAGAACAAGAAGAUUUAGAAAUUCCAAAGACCACGAGACACUUGUACGUUUUUCUCCUACAGUACAUGCUUCUUCAUACACAUUUAAUCCAAACAUUCUAGUAGAAAGCUGUAGAAAUGAUUUUCUUCCGCCUAUGCCAACCUUGGAAAUUCCUGAGAGUGCAAUUAAUCUAUUGAUUUAUGUGUACAAGCACGAGUUUAAGAAACUUGGAGGGUAUCUUGUGAAUAUGGAAAAGAGUGGUAACAGAGAAGACAAUUUGUUUCCUGUGAGUAGAAGUGCUCACAAUCAGAAGGGCUCGUCUGUUGGUUCUGAUGUUGGGUCACCAUACACCGAAAAAUCACCUGAUCGUCAUGUGCAAAUGGCCGAGAAUACAAAAGCAUUGAAGGAGAAAUUAAUAUCUUACAUGCAUGAGAUAUCGGAUAAUUUCAGAAACGGUCUUCUUUCAGACAUGGGUAUCUGCAAGCUUCCUUUUAUUGAUGAGGAGCGCCUUCUUGCUUCAAUAAAAAUGAUUGAGAAGGAACUGACUGAGGAAGAAGCUAAAAGAAAUGUUGAGAAUGCCGACAAGUUGUUCCUACACAUUUUAGAAAAUCUUGCCUUGCAGAUUAUCACUUCAUUCAACAAUGAAGGCUCCAUCGAGCAAAAGACAGGCUUAAGGUUGCGUUCUCCAUUAUUAUAA